AUGCUGAUGGAAAGAUUUGACCAACUCCUUAAGGAAUUGCCCUCAUUGGAGGCUCCCGGUGUAUCUGGCUCGCGUAUUAAAGAGUUGUCUAACAUUGCGACUACAGACUUUGACAAGGAAAAAGAAAGUAAGAUUAUUGCUGCACUUUAUUCUAGUUGUAAAUCUGCUGCUCCUUCACAUAAAUUAGGUACUUUGUACGUGGUUGACUCGGUAGCUAGAAAAUUAAAAGACGGGGCUGUGGCAUCAAAUGAAACUAUAGACGCAUCUGCUCCUGAUGGAACUUUUGCAUCAGCGGUGUACAAAAUCGGCCAAUUGAUUGAUAGUUUGAUGGAUGAUGCCUUGGAGUAUAUAUUGGAUCCAGUCAUCAUCAAUAAGAUUGGUAAAUUGGUUGAGAUUUGGGAAAAGAACAAGACUUUUGACUCUGAAAUAUUGAACAAGAUCAAGGAGAAACAUUUCGGGUCAACUACACCCCCUGGUUCACCUCCACGCUCCAGUGUUGAACCUAUAAAACCAAGUUCAGAACCAGGGGAUUCCAAUAGUAUUUUACUGGCCUUGGCGUCGUUGGCAAAAGGCGACACUGAUACCUCCACAACAGGGUCCAACCCCAACUCUGUUACUGCUGCCCCUUCAGCAUCGAUUCAUACAGAUGGUGCAAACUCAAACGAUACUGCUAGCUUAUUAGCAAACUUGGCCGCUGCUUCUUCUUCUUCUACUACUACUACUACUACCACUACCACUACCUCUCAACAAGGACAACAUGAACAGCCUGGUCAAACAAAUGAUCAACAAGCUAUAUUCAAUAUGUUGCAGCAAUUGCAAGGAGGACCCACCGCUCCGCCUUCAGAGCCCUCAGUUGGCACACACGCAUUAAGUGGCGGCAUUGAUGACUAUGGUUCUGGCAGGCGUGGCGGAAGUCGUGAUCAAAACAAUAACUACAAGAGAAGUAGAUCUAGAUCUCCCACACGACAGGUCAAAUCUCCUGCAGCUGCUUCGUCGGUACUUGCUUUACAGCAGAACAUUCAAAAUUUGAAGCAGCAAAAAGCUGCCGCCGCUGCAGCUGGCGGUAAUGGUUACCAAACAAACUCCCCACCACAGCAAUAUCAAGACAAUCAUAGUAGAAACAACGGUCGCCAUCAACAACAGUUCCACAAAGACCCUGCAUUUGUCCCUCCAACCGCUAUGAACACUGAGAUGAACCUUCCAGGAACACCUCAUUAUCGUCCGAGGAAUCUCGGAUUUGACCCUAGUGUACCCCAGGGAACAAUAAAGGUGUUGUCACGUACUUUAUUCAUUGGUGGUGUACCAAGAAACAUGGACGAAAGAGUUCUUGCCCAAGUUUUGAGACCGUUUGCUGAGAUUCAAUCGGUUAUUUUAAACAGUGAGAGGAAACAUGCGUUUGUUAAAGUGUACUCAAGAAAAGAAGCAGAGCAAAUCAUUACGUCUUUCAAUAAGGACCAGUCAUUACCAUUGAGAACUCGUUGGGGAGUCGGGUUCGGGCCCAGAGAAUGCUGCAAUUAUCAGCACGGAAUUUCGAUAAUUCCAAUUGAAAGAUUGACUGAUGCUGAUAGGAAUUGGGUUGUUAACGCGCAAUGGGGAGGUACUGGUGGCCAACCAAUUUCAAGUGGUAUGGUUAUUGAUGAGCCUGAUAUUGAAAUUGGAGCGGGUAUAUCCUCCAAAGCCAUGUCAAAGAAGAUGCCCACUAACUCGGCAAGGAAUGGUCCGAAAUCGAAUAGACCAGGAGAGCCAGAUGAAGAGUUUGUCAAGACGACGUUGCUCCCUAACCAACAGGUUCAAAUGAGCCACGGGUCUCUGCCUGGGUUCAAUACAUAUCAUCAGUCCUCUGUCAAUCCAUUACAAGGGUUGUUUGGAAACAGCCCUACCCAACAACAGCAACAGCCAUCGUUUCCUCAAGCUCAACAAUUUCCAUCAUAUCCACCACCACAAGGGCAAGCACAACAGCCUGUUGGAAACGGUUUCCCCUCCCUUCCUCAAAUGCCUCAAGGGGCAGGUAUGCCAACUGCAGCUCAAUUACAGAUGUUUAUGCAGAUGAUGCAGCAGCAGCAACAGCAACAGCAACAGCAGCCUCCGCGCUAG